GAAAUCAGGAAACUGGAAAGCUGCGGGAAUAUUUGAAUGGUCCUCCAUUGCAGAUUGAAGUUCACGACCGAGAUAGAACAAUUAAGGAAGCCAAACUUAAGCCUACUUUAUUUGGGGAGGACAUGGAAGAUGAUAAAAUAGGGAAUGUAGGAAUGGUAACAGGUAAAAGAACACUUUAUAAUCCAUUCAAAGAAAGGACACGGCCAUGGGAUCCGUACGGUGUGGCAAAAUUUGAUUUAUCGCAGUUAUUACUAGGUGAGAAAACCUUGUACAUGACGUCACCUAUCCACUGCUGCCCUAUACCAGAUGUCAUCGGCAGGGGUGUCGACAGUAAACUGAUCGGAGUGCCAAACGCUGUUGAUGGGCCAAAAGAUGAACCAAUGCCUGUAGGCCAUUACCUUGGUGUGAACUCCCAGCUGAAAGUGCGGAUCGAAAUUGCUUACCCCCUCACCACUCUACAACAAGUCAAAGAAAAACCAGUCUUGCCAACUCCCGAAGAGUGUCCCUUCGCUAGGUUGGUUUAUGUCUUCUGUUACAAGAACACAUGUUUCCUACAUAGUCUUGAAACGCUAAUAACUGAAAUUAACGCCAAGGCACUCGGCCUUGAUAAUAUGCCAGACCAUGUCAUCAAAGCUGCUCUAUCAACUUACAAGCUGUCAUAUGAUCAACAGACGAGCACUGAACUUGACAUUGUUACAGGAUUCCAGAUAUUAGAUGGUGAACAGCAUAUAUUCAUCCUUGAAGGCUUACGCGAUAAAGCAAUUAAAACUCUAUGGAACAAUUUACCGAGGCAAAAAGCCAAAGAGGAUACAAUAUUUGAGGCUCUUUAUAAUUCUGACUUGAUGUUCUCUGAGCGCAUAUAUGCUGCCCUAGAUGUUGACCUGUGUCGCAUUAGACUCCACGAACCACUCAGCAUCAUUGUCCAACAACCGCUGCUCUACAUCCGUGAUAUGGUACCACGCCUUUGCUUAGAGGCUAUCAUAAGGCUUGAUAAGCUUCUGACGUGUAGUAAGUUGAGACAAUUAACAAAAAACAAUCUCUUCCCAUCCACAAAAAUGGUUUUGUCUCUGAGUCGGGAGUUUGGAAUCCCGUUGACCACAACUGACUUUGAGGAAUUAAAAGUCUCCAGUAAGAAAGUUGAAAUGUUGGCUGAUAGUGAGCGCUCACAAACCAUGCCAGUUUUGAAAGAUAAACGCAAAGAGUGGACACCAAUGGACAAUUAUAAUGACGAGUACUCAGAAAUGCUGAUGAUGCGUGAACAAAAUGGACAAAUGCAUAACUUCAUCCAGGAAAACAUUGAUUUUGUUGGUGAAGUAAGUUACAUGAAUGGUAUAAAUCGCGUGAAGCCUGAAACUGUUCAAGUGAGCCUACCGGAUGGCAUUGCCCAUAAUUACAGUACCCAGGCUUUGAACAGCACAGAGCAGGCUAAGGAAAGAUUACGUCAACAGCUUGCUAAGGAGCCAAAUCAUCGUUUCACGCACUGCCCAGACUAUAACUCAGCUUCUGUCAUUCCAAUUAAUGUUGAUGCUUUUCAUCAACAAGAAGCAGAAGAAUCCAAGGCAAAGUUCCAAACCUCAAAUGGAUUUGUUUAUCCUGGGGUAAAGAGUGCCCUUUUGAGUAAUGAACAUCCAAGGAAACCAGAUGAAGCCAGGGUGGCUGAAAACAUGGAGCCCUGGAAAGAAAAUAUCCUCCAUGCCAAUAUAUUGAAGCCUACCCUCAAUCGUGAGCGCUUUCCAUGGUCUUGCAGAAACAACGACAUUGAUGUCUGGCGGAAGCCGCCUAAAGAUUUUGGUACUAAUUCACCGGCAACAAUCCAUCAAGCAGGUGACACACUAGACAAAGAAAAAAGGAUGGCACAAGAAUUGGAGAACAUUACUUGGAGAAAUCGUCUGGUUGUAGAGGAUCCUCAAAUGAAAUUCCACCGUUGUGCUACAGAAACAGAAUUAACCUACAAGGGACUUUUAUCAAGUAAUCAGAUUGAUAGGAUGCAUGGCCUUCUGAAAGACAAACCUCAGAAAUUCUCUCUCUUAGGGUCCGGUGCCAGCGACAUUCCUGCAUUGUCAGUCGUGAACUACCCAAGUGUUGAUACGUCAGCAAGAGACGCUGGAUUGCCAAUCCUGCCGGCCAUUGUGGACGAUGAUAAAUCAAAGUAUUGCGGCGAUAUGCCAGGACCUUUUGAAAAUCGUAGUUGGAAUGUUGCAGCGAAUAGAAUCGCAAUCCGAGACAUGGAACACAAAAAAUUUGAGGAUCUUAAAGGGCAAGAUUUUAAGUUAUACCAUAAAGAACGAAGUGCGAUCUACAAACCACCAAUAAAGAUGCUUUCUAGAGAAGAUAGAGAGACUAAUCUUUUCCGUACACUUCCACCAGAGGCUAUGAGGACAAAAAAUAUACUUUUCGGGAAUGAGUACUUUGGACAAACUCCAGCAGGUAUCCGACCUGCCUCGACCAAAACCGAGUUCUAUUACCCUAACCGUGAACAAUUUUGGAAGACACCGUGUAAACGAGACCCUUCAAAUAAGUCUGUGCUGAAAGGAUAAUGAAAUUGCGUUCUAGAAAGAAUUCUACAAUAAAUAAUUCUAUACAUUUUAAUGAAGGAAGUAAAUGUAUGAGAAAUAAAUAAUAUUUAAGAGUCCAGAUAGUUUAUGCACAUUUAUUCAGAUUACAGUAUUCAUAUUUCUAUUGUAUAAAAAGUGAAUUGGGAGUUUUUGAGAAUAAGAUUAUUUAAUGCUUUUAGGAGAAUAAAAACAUACUCUUUACUAUACAAACAACUUUCCAUGAAAUAGUAUUCAACAAAAUGGUAUUAUUGUUGUCAUAAUGUUGUAUUCUUAAUUAAUGUGUAUAUAUAUUUAUUCCCUUCCCUGCAUAUCAUUUUUAUCCUCCUCAAAACAGCUGGUUCAACAAUUGUGGAUGUAUACAUUCCAUAAAUGUCUGAUGUAAAAAAUAAGUGAAAGGUCAUAAAGAGUUGAUAGAUGUGUUUGAAAAUGCCACUAUAAUAACAUUUGUGUAUGUUAACCUUUGAUGGUUCCCAACACCCCUGUAGAAAGUACACAGACAAUGUGCAAGGUUUGUAUGUUUCCCCAUGGAGGAAAUCAUUAAUGGUGUCCCCAAGGUAACCACUCCCAAUUAAUCCUACAAAGAACUACACAAAAGGUGGGUGGUUAAGAUUCAAAUGUUUCCCCAUUGUGAUUCCCUGUUUCCACACUAUAAUAAUUGAUGUAUUUGUACAAUAUUUUUAAUGAUUUGUAGAUUUCUGGAAUUAUAACAUACAUGCCAUUACAAACCUGGUCAAAACAAAUUUACAUUUCAAAAUAUUAUAACAUAUUUAUUUUUAAUGCAUGCAUCAUCUGUUAUUACUAUAGGGGUCAUUCCUUAAUUUUAUUACAUUUUUAAAAAAAUAAUAUGUAGAUAAAUGGAUUGGAGGGUUUAUUUAUUCUUUUAUUUAUUUGUUUAUUUAAAGCCAACAGCGAGAAUUGCCACUUAUGGGUAAGAAAAAUGUAAAAUGCAGUGUUAAUAAUGGUGAGUCAUGUGUAGUACGCUUAUUUGGUAGAUGGUCUAUUUUUAUUUUAUUACAGUUCGUAUCAAAUCCAAGACCACUCUUGGGACUUGAAAUGUUGGGGUUCAGUCUCCAAUUAGAGGCUUAGCUUCAGAGGUGGCGCUAGCAAGGGGGGGGGGGCGGAGGGCCAGAGCUCCCCCCCCCCCACCCAGUCGGGAAGAAAACCCACAAUUCGUCGGGAAGAAAAACAUUUAUAUGUGUUUUCUACAUAUUGGUAGACUCCAUAAUUGAUUAAAUAAGCCUUUAAAAUCCCUAAAUUGUCAUAUAUUUUGGGGGCUUGGUCCCCUGGAACACUUAAGGUAGAUUUUGAGCGACGUUCAACCACGCCCACAUUGUUUUCGUCAUGACAUCUGCCCCCCCUCCCUCGGACCCCCCGUCGGGCAAAUCCUGGCGCCACCACUGCUUAGCUUUGUGUUAAAAGAUUGAAGAUUGUUAUUGGUUUUCUUCAAAAAAGAGGUCUCGAAUUAGAGAGGUAUCUAAUUUGAAGGUGCAGUGUGCCAUGGAGGAAGGAAAUUUCUAAAUUUCCUUCCUCCAUGAGUGUGCACUGUUUUUCUCCCUAGAUCAUUGACUUGUACUAUUCUAUUAUAUACUGAGAUGUCUUGUUUUGCAUUAUAUUAAAGCAGUAGUUCACCUGCUGUUUUGCUUAAGGACCAGCAAAAAAGAAUCUGCUCAAACAAUUAUAAAAAUCCAAAAAUAGUAAUAAUUUCAUAGUGGGUGCUUAAGGAAGAUUUUUAAUAUUUUUUUUUUAUAUGAAAGCUUUUUCUAUGUCAAUUGUCAUCCAUAUUACUAUGGUGCUUGCUUAACAGUGUUGUGAUAUUGUUGUACAAUUUACCUUGAGAUAAAUCAAGUAUUUGCGUGAUCGAAAUUGGGGGUUGGCGACCAAGGCACUAACAGGUUGUCAUAAGUGUGUAAUUUGUGCAAACGUCUUGUGAUGUCAGAUCAUGAAAGAAACAUCGGACUGAACGACGAACCAUUUAAAUCACGUUAGGAUACUGGAUUAGUCUUACGAUAAAAUAUACGUCAAAGCAUUUAUUGAAAUCUAUGUGUUCCAGAAGUGUUGUGUGAUACAUAAAAUGUAAUUUAAAUGCAAUAUGCCUUUAAAUAUAUGCAUCAGGAAUUCCAAUUGUUGGGUACAUGUAUAGUAAAACAUUUAAAUAAUGAAUAAAUCUUUAUAAUUGAUAUAGUUUAAA